AUGAUCCCUGAGAGAGACUCCUACAGUGAAGAUGACAAGUCACCCUACAACGUAGACGAGGAGGAUGCUUCGACUGUCACUGGCUCGACUCCUGAGACCAAGUCUGGAUUUGACAACAGAUUCUCAACUACAAGUUCUUUCGGCCGCGAAUACACUGAUGCCGACUACGUUGUCCGUGAGAUCGCAAAGCACGAUGAUAUCGCUCUCAUGAAGCCUUGGAAGAGAAAGUUGCACUACAUGGCUCCUCUGUUCACCAUUGCUGCCAUGGGCGGUUACUUCACCUACUACGCUUUCCGUAUCUACUUCACCGUAGACGCACAAAGGACAAACCACAAAACCUACGCUAUGGCUUGGUUCUUCAUUGCUGCAGAAUUUUUGGUUGCUCUUCCCUCGUUCUUCCAUCAAAUGUACUCCAUGCUCGCAUUCAAGGGCCGCAAGCGACCUCAACUCAGACUUGUUGGAGAGGCUGUUCCCACCGUUGAUGCUUUCAUCACUUGCUGCAAGGAAGACGUUGACGUUGUCAUCGACACUGCCCGCGCUGCUUGCGACGUCGACUACCCUCAAGAUCGUUUCCGCGUUGUUGUCCUCGAUGAUGGUGCCGACCCCGAGCUGAAGAAGGCUAUGGAAGAUCUGAGCUACCAAUACCCCAACGCAUACUACUUCGCUCGUGUCAAGGUCAAGGGACAGCCUCACCAUGCUAAGGCUGGUAACUUGAUUGGCGGUACUGAUUUCGUUACUAAGCUUCCUGGCGGUCCUGGCGAGUACAUCGCUGCUCUCGAUGCUGACAUGAUUCCCGAGAAGGAGUGGCUUCGUGCUCUUCUUCCCCACUGUAUCCGCGAUCCCAAGACUGCUCUCGCCUGCCCUCCCCAGCUCUUCUACAACGUUCCCGACAACGACAUGCUCGUUCAGUCCCUCGAUCCUUUCGUCCACGUCAUGGAGCCCAUCAAGGACUCUCUGGGUGUCGCCUGGUGCACUGGUUCUGGUUACGUUAUUCGUCGUUCUGCUCUCGAAGCCAUUGGUGGCUGGCCUACCGGUACUCUUGCUGAGGACACUUUCACCAGUUCCAAGCUUCUCGGCAGAGGUUUCAAGACUGCCUACGUUCACGAGGGUCUUCAAUUCGGUACUGUUCCUGAUUCAUACACUGGUCACUUGAAGCAACGCACUCGCUGGACUCUUGGUACGCUUCAGUCUGCUUUCCAACAGCGUUUCUGUCUUUACGGCGACAUUUGCAGAGACAUGACUUUCUACCAACGUCUUUCUGGUUUCGUCUUCACCGUCGACGCUUUCUUCAAGAUUUUCCUCAUCAUCUCUAUUCUCGCUAUCCCCAUCGUUUUGGUCUCUGGUGGUAGACUGGUCGCCUACUCAAACAACGACCAGCUCCGCUGGCAGGUUCGUCUUGCGUUCAUCUCUUUCUUCUUGAUGCGCAUUCAGGAAUACGUCAACUUCUUGCCCUCGGGAUACAGAUUGGCUCUUCGUGAUGGUGGUUCCAUGCUCUGGAUGGCUCCUUACCACGCUAAGACUGUCCUGGUCUCUUUCCUUCUUCCCAGCUGGCUCGGUGGCAAGCCCAUGGCUUUCACUACCUCCGGUUCCAUUAAGGGUGAUAUCAUGGAGCGCGAUGGCGCCCACCGUGCCCACGUUUUCCGCCGCCUGAAGGUCAUUCUCUGGGACUGCUCGGCUUACCAGCACCUUCUGUACAUUCUGUUUGUCAUUGCCGCUGUUACUCUCAGCACUGUUCGCGCUUUCAAGGACAACGACACCGUUCAGGACAAGCUCGUCUACUUGCUGACUCACGCUCUGUUCCCUCCUAUGCUCUGGCUGAUUUGCUGCACUGCUUUCGCCAUUCCUAUCCGCUACGCCCUCCACCCUCCCACUAUGCCCGAUCGCGAGGAGCUGCUCGACAGAGACCCGAAGACUGGUGUUGCCCACCCCAAGGAGUACUGGAAGAGCCAGCGUUGGGGCAAGAGCCACUUCUGGCACGAGUUCGAGGUUCUCUUCCUCGUCGCUUACGCCAUUUUCAUUUUCGUCAUCACCUUCAUCAUCAAGGACUCGCAACUCGAGGACUAA